AAAAGUGCUUAGGGAGGUGUGUUAUAUUUUUUGUAUCAGAGCCAAGGUUUUGCUAAUAUAUUGAUCUGCCAUAUGAGUUAGAGUCUAGUGUCAUAGGAUUAGAUUUUGCCUAACUAUUAGUUUUGCACUCUUUGUUUGUUUCAGUACCAGAGAAGAAAGAUGAGUCAAGGAAACAAUACUUCUACUCCUCCUCCUGCUGAUGACGUGAAUGCCCGAAUGGACAUAAUGCAAAAGGCCAUUACGGAUAUGAGUUCCAUCUUUAGGGAUUAUCUUCAACAUCAGAACAACAAUAAUGCCCCAUAAAACACUGGUGGCAAUUCACAGCAAACAAUGGACUCUAGGGAAGGAAAUGAGCAGUUGACAUUGGUGAAGCAAUUUCAGAACAUGAACCCGCCUAGCUUCAAAGGAGUUCCUGAUCUUGAUGUGGCUGAGUCUUGGGUUAAGAAAUUAGAAAAGAUGUUCAAGCUCCUGAAAUGUACUAACGAGCAAAAAGUGAAGCUAGUAGUGUUCACAUUAGAAGGUGAAGCUGAUGAUUGGUGGAUAGCUGCUCAAGAUGGGUUUUCUAAGAAAGGGGAGGAGGUUACAUGGGACAAGUUUGUUCAGGCCUUCUAUCGAAAAUAUUUUUCUACAGCUGUGUUGGAAAGAAAGGAACUGGAGUUCAUGAAUUUGAAGCAAGAUGACAUGACAGUUGAUGAGUAUCAAGCUAAAUUCAGUUCUCUUAUGAAGUUUUCUCCUCACCUUGUUAAUGAUGAAGUUAGGAAGGCAAGGAAGUUUCAAAGAGGGUUGAAAGCUUCCAUUAGGAACAAGGUGGUUCCUCAAAUGCUAAAGACUUAUGAUGAGGUCUUGGCCACAGCUCAAAUAAUUGAGCAAGAUAUGGAGGAGCAAAAAAUGGAGACUCAUGACUCAAAAGGCAAGGGAAAGGUUAUCAACAACCAGCCUUUCAACAAGAAGCCUGAACAAAGGGGAAAAAGGAAGAUCCCCGAAAGCAAUAGACCAAGUUUUGAUUUUUGUAAGAGGUGCGGUAAGAACCAGGGGGGGAAAGAAUGUUAUUGGCAGACUGGGGCAUGUUUCAAGUGUGGGAAGACUGGCCACUUGAUCGCAGAACCCAGGUUCUAAGUUUCUCGUGGAACCCAGUUUCAUAUGAAUGCCUACCAAGUUAAGAUCUUCAUCCACACAAUUAUAAAUAAAUGAAUACUACACAA